UUUGCCAAUGUAAGUGCGUCAUCAGUGUGGGCCCGGACCCAGCGACAAGUCGACGCUCCUCGUUGGCUCUGUAUUUUUUUAUCCUCACUCGGCCACUUUUCGUUUCUUUCUCAAAAGAGCAGCAGUAAACGGAGUGCGCCGGUCGUUUGGAUGUUUGUAUAAGGCUUUUCUCAUCUCUCUGGUCUCUAAGCGCAGCCGGUUGCCAUGGCGUCUCCAGGGGGACAAGGAGGAGGAGCUCUGUCCACUAGAGGAGGAUGUGGCGUCAGGAGGAUGAAGUGGGCCCUGGAGCUCAGCUUGGGCAACACCAGGAGCCGUAGUGACCGACAGGGCGGUCAGGGCGAUGUGGUUUACCCCAUCGGCUACUCCGAGAAACCCGUCCCUGACACCAGCAUCCAGGAGACGGACAAGAACCUGGUGGAGAAGCGUUGUUGGGACGUGGCCCUGGGGCCCCUAAAGCAGAUCCCCAUGAAUCUAUUCAUCAUGUACAUGUCAGGCAACACCAUCUCCAUCUUCCCCAUCAUGAUGGUCUGCAUGAUGGCCUGGAGACCCAUUCAGGCACUCAUGUCUAUGUCUGCCACCUUCAAGCUGUUGGAGAGCUCCAGUCAGCAGUGGCUUCAGGGCCUCGUCUACCUGGUCGGUAACCUCCUGGGCUCGGCGUUGGCCAUCUACAAGUGUCAGUCGAUGGGGCUGCUCCCGACGCACUCGUCUGAUUGGCUGGCUUUCAUAGAACCGCCUCAGAGAAUGGAGAUCAUGGGCGGAGGGAUGGUGUUGUGAAGAGGAUGGACCAUGCAGAAACACACACACUCACUCACUCACUCACAAACAGACCCACACACCAACUGUUUGCCUUUCCUGUUGGAGACACUGAGAGAUGUUUGUUACGUUAAUUGACUUGGAAAAAUGCCGACUGGUCUGCUUGAAGUCUUUGCCAUAACCUCGCAUUUCAUCUCACAUCUUUUUUUUUUUUUUUUUUUUUUGGAUUCUUUUAAUAGAGAUUUGAAAGCCAGCAGACUCUCUUGUUGACUACUACUAAGCUAUAGUUUUUCAUACUGUACAGGUUCACAGUAAGGGAUUAUCUGAAAAGAUCUUUUCCAAAAUGCUACACAUCCCAUAUAUAGGAGAAAAAAACUGCCCAAACUUCACCAUUCAGUAUCUCUAAAAUAUGGAGGUUACAGGCUGUAAAGUGUUUCCAUUUUGUAAACCAAGAUCCUACAUUACCUACUACUAUUUUUAAAACUUUGAUAGUUUAAGUUCGUGAUAUUCAGUUGCUUUGUAAUAGUGUUUUUUUUUUUGUUUUUUUUUCCUCCCCCAAACUGUGAAUAUCUCAUUUUGGAAUGCAACUCUUCAUUUUGCAGGCAGGCAUGAUUUUAGCAUGCAAUUGAAAUAAAUAAAAAAAAUAAUAAAAUAAUAAUUUAUUUAUACUGAUUUGCUCUGUGAAAAUGCUCUAUGAAAUAAAUCCUUACUGAUUGAAUUAAA